AAGUUCAGUGACCGAGUGUUGCAAGAAGAAGAGACAAGAGAACAGGGAGAGCAUCUGUGUUGGUGUUUGAGGAGUCUAACUGAGCUUGGAUCGGUAUUGGAGGAAGAAAGUGAGGAUAUCCCUUGAGAGAAAACUGAGGACAGCUGCUGGGGAUUAGUCACGUUUUUCAAAAUGUCUGCAUCCGCUCACAUGGAUUAUGCCAUGAAGUCUCUCAGCCUUCUGACUCCAUCCUCCCUGUCAAAGGUUGUGACGUCCAGCGUCUCGGCCAGCGCCUCCAUGACCUCCCAGCUGCUUUCUGGUCGAACCCUUCGAUCAAAACCCUUCAGGGUAACGAAUGUGGACCGCAGUGUGAAGAAAGGAAUCAUGGCAGAGACCCUUCUAGACCUGAUGAAUAAGGUCAGUGACUCUUUCAGUCUGCAGUGCGUCAGCGCCUUGGUUCUGGAUGAGGAUGGCACCGGCGUGGAAACCGAGGAGUUCUUCCAAACGCUUCCGGAGAACACGGUCCUGAUGGUUCUAGAGAAGGAACAAAAGUGGAGUCUACAUCCUAACUGCCCCUCCAGACUUCAGACCAUCGAGCGCCUACAGAAGCCCCGCACAGAUGUGGCCAAACUGACUUUGGACCUAUACAAAAACAACCCCAAGGAUUUCAUUGGCUGCCUUAAUGUGAAAGCGACAUUCUACGGCGCUUACACUGUGUCCUACGACCUGCGAUGCUACGCAGCCAAAAAGAUGCUCAAGGAGGCUCUGCGAUGGACCAUCUUCUCCAUGCAGGCCACAGGCCACAUCCUGCUGGGCUCCUCCUGCUACAUCGAGCAGCUGCUGGAGGAAGAGGAGCGUGCCGAGAAGAGGCUGGCGCUGCCGGCGCUGCCGCAGGAGAGCCGGAUUCGGCAGCUUCAGAGCAUGCUGCUGGGGAAGAGCUCUGACUGAUGACGACGAUGAUGCGCUGAAGUCGCAGGCAGACAUGCCAGCUCCUUGAUUUAGGUCACAGUGUAGAUUUCACACACACUGAACAGUUCCGGUUAGAUUUGUGUCAUACCUUUAAAACUUCACUUUCUUUUUUUUUUGCUGUUACAGUUUGUUUUUGAAUAUUGGAGUUGACAAGUUGCUCCUUUGAAUGCACUUUUUUUUUUAUUUCUGUGUAUAACUUGUUCCCAUGGAAACGUAAUAAAUAAAAGCACCUUGUUUUAUCUCCGUG